AUGCUGCGGUAUCAAGCGUUUCGCCAAGGUGCUCACCUCCGCCUCGCCGUUUUCCGACCUCCACCACGCAAUCCAGUCCGCCCGCGGGAUCUAGUUCAACAAGUGAUCGAUUAUCGCUUUGUGCUGUUUGCUUUUGGGACGAUGAUGAGUUCCUCCUCUGGGCCUGGCGUUAGCUGCCGUUACUCCUUCAAGAUACUCCUGAUCAGCGACACUGGCGUCGAAUCUAAAAAGGAAAGAAGUAAACAAAAACUUGGUCUCUCUUUGUUGCAGUCAUGGCUUGUUCAAAAUUCUUGCUUCUGUUGUUUAUGUGGCUGCUUGAUCAGCAACUUGUCUCCUGUAGCACGGAUCCAUAGGAUGUCUAUGCUCUCAGAUCUCUUUCUGGUGAAUGGAAAAAUGGACCUUCGAGUUGGAGGCACUCAGAUGAUCCGUGUGAAUUUCAAUUCAUCUAUUUUCUCUUUCGGGAAGCUAUUCAACAUGGGCAGUAUGGGUGCACUAAGCAAUGCUAUAGGAGAUCUUACUAAAUUGCAGCUCAUAGACUUUUCCAAUAAUAAAUAUCUCAACGGCCAACUUCCGCCUAGUAUUGGAAAUUUGAAGAAGCUCCAGACUCUGAUACUGAUUGGUUGCAAGUUCAGUGGUACUAUUCCUGUUGAACUAGGCAAUCUAUCCCAGCUCCAGACCUUGUAA